GUGUGGGCGACCGCAUUUGAAGCACGCCAUGAAAUCUGUACGUGAUAUCCUUCUUCUCGACUACUUAUCAUGAUUUCUGAAUGUCGUCCGGGUAGGGGCAGCGAUGAAUUUGAGCCGGGUAGGAGGGCUUGUGGAUGUGAACAAGAUGGCACCACCUCCUCCGCGAUCGUCUUUGUGCAGGGAAAAACGGACGAGAGCUUCCGUUUUGCCGUCGAGUUCUGGCUUUUUUCCCCAUGUACACCGUUUCCUGUUUGCAGUGCUGCUUCAAGAUCAUCUCUCCGUCCACCCGGUUGCGGGCAUGUUUUUCACGAGGGACUGCGGCAGCCAGUGCCGCGCGGUGCGGAAGCGGAGUGAGAUUUUCAGCCUGAAGUGUAUUGCCAAAUACGACAGCGAAACGGACGACGCAACGAACAACUUUUGUGCCCAGAUGUGCAGCCCGUCGCAGGUGGUGCUGAAAGGGCAGCUGACCACAACGAUCAACACCUGCGCGCCGAAACGGAAGCGGACUCUCUUGCAAUUCCCGGCCGCGUAUGCAAUGCAAGUAUAAUGUUGUCUGGGUCUGGAACACUGCAACGUGUCAUGCUGCGUCAGGACCGCUAAAUUUUGCGUUUGCAUGAGCGCCACAAGAUUGCCAACUUUUUGUUUAUCGAAGUGCGAAUCCCUAACCCGGAAGAGAGACUGAGAAUGUCUCGCACAUCAAUCUGUGAUGCUUCCCGAGGGCAUUCCAGACCAUCUGUGUGAUCCAGAAGAUGCAUAUAAUCAGGUGGAAUUCGGCGUUUUGCUUGCUCUUCGGAGGAAGUAGGCAAUGGGGCCGCGUAAGUUGCUAUCUCCAGGAGAGAAGAACAAGAUUGUCCACGAGAUGCAUGACAAAACGUGCACUAUUCCGGACCCAGAUACACUUGCUGCAUUUGAUAUCGCGAGGAUGAAAUUGUUCACCGCUAAAUUCUUGCAGCAGCACUGCCCGCCGCUGCAACCCUGCAACUGCAGCAGGUGCGUGUGCCCGGAGACGGUGCAUCAAACCGUGAAGCCGCCAGCGCCGGUUUUGCACGACAAUGUGGAAGAGGAAGGAAAAUUGCAAAAGCAAUUGGCGGGCCACGACAUGUCCCCCAUGCCGACGGUGCCAAACUUUGACCAGGCACCGCAAGUGGACGGGCGCGAGCGGUCCUGUCCCGAGUUUGAACCCUGCAACUGCUCCUGCCAGUGCGGGCGACCCGUGGAAGCGUGAGGUUCUGAUGUAGUUAAUCUGAUGUUAAAUUAUACGGGUAAAAAGUUACUGACGUGCAUUUUUUUCCGCUUCGUUGAAAAAAAAAGAAGACGAAGAAGGAAAGAAAGUGAACAGCUAAAGUAAGGAUGGGAUAUAAUUCUUAAGAUCUGUACAAUAGGGCCUUGGAAAAAUAACAAUUACUUUAUGGAAUAUGAUUUUUUUUCCGUUUAUUUCAUUGAUUGGUUACAGCUCGUUGUAAAAACGUCGCGAAGUUGUUGCCCGCAAAGGGCUGCGUAGCUGCAGAACGAGACGUGGUGGGUGCGCCAAAAUCAACGCAACCGAAUUUUUUCUGGGAUUAUAAAAAAACGCUGGCUAUGAAGCAGCGACGGCGCAAUUUCCCUGUAGUGAAGAC